AUGGCAAAAGCAACAAAAGCAAAGGCUCGUCCCGUAUCUACUCGCUCGCGUGCCGCACGCCGUGAAGCAUCGCCUGGAAUCGACCUCGACAAGUCCAUCACCUCGGAGAAGACGACCAAGGAGCCCUCUGAAUGGACUUCUGGAGCACACGAUGCUGGCAUCUCAAAGAAGAAGAAGCAGAAGAACAUGACCCGUGCUCAGCGCGUGCGCAAGGAAAAGGGCUUGGAACGCGCCGAAGCGAAUAUGGAUGUUCUGCACACAAAGAAGGCCAAGAGCUUCGUUAGAGCCAGAAGAAUCGAUGACCGAAGAGCGAACUGGGAGACUUUGAACGACAAGACCAAUCGCUUUGUUCAACCCAAGGCCGCCAAGGGCUCGAAAGCCGUAGACUUCGAUGCCAAUUCAAGCGACGAAGAACACCCAGGCAGGCCAUCCGUAUUCGCCAUGCCCGGCGACGAAGAGGAUGACGAAGUAGAGCAGCAUGAGGAGGCACCAAACACAGCCGACCCCGUCAAUAACGUCGCUGCCAACGAUGAUGAUGAUGAGAUCCUGUAGAGAGCCAAACUCUCUCUCUUACGACAUUCCCAUAUUCAGCCAACCUGCGGGCUCAGUUGAAGAGUGAUGAUCUCUCCACUCGUUGCGCGGAAUCAGUCUUGGACAGACUAGGUCUCUGAAGUCACGAAAAACGCCGUGUCUGCAUCCUGUGCCAAUCGAGUCAAUACACAAUUGCAUGGCUGAAGCACGGUCGCAGCGGCUGGGACUCACUGUGCUCGAGUAUCACUGAGAAGUGCUGUAUAAUGCUGCGUCAACAUGGUCAUGCCAUGAAUACCUAUACGAGUACUCAGCACGUUUUGGUGCAAUGGCAAGUCUAACCGACCGAGCCUCUCAUCUAUUUUCCGU